AUGGAUCAAUGGAUUAGUGAAGGACUUUCAAGAAUCCUGGACUUUGAAGUUCCUGAAGAUCUAAUAAAGUAUGUUAAUUCCAUCGAGAAUGAGUCAGAUUUAAAUGAAUACAUGAAAACUCUACUAGAUUUUGAUAAUUCACAACAUAAGUCAUUUUUUGUAGAACUAUGUAAAAAAAAGUUUCCCAAUAAAGGUAAUUCUCUAACAAAACAGCAGAAGAAAAAGAUUUCGAAAAACAAACAGCAGCAUGAUUUUGUCAGUGCUGAGAUGCAACCAUCCCAAAUGUCUGAAGCAGAGGCCAAAUCAAAGAAGAAGACAAAGUAUGUCAACUUGUAUUCACAGGAGGGCAAAAAUGCUCAGGUUGUUUUGCUGAAAGGUAGACAUCAUUGCGAUUGCCAAGCAUCGAAGCACGAGCUAAUCAACAAUUGUCUGCAGUGUGGGCGUGUAGUUUGCAAACAAGAGGGCUCGGGGCCGUGCUUGUUUUGCGGGAAUCUUGUGUGUACACCGGAAGAGCAAAAAGAAAUCAAUGCAAAAACUAAGGCAAGUGCUAAGCUGAUGGAGUCUUUGAUGGAGAGAAGCAGGCCUAAAGGAUGGGAGGCUGCCAUUUCACAUAGGAACAGGUUGUUAGAGUAUGACCGUACUAGCGAACGUCGUACACGCGUGACGGACGAUGAUAGUGAUUACUUCAGUGCGGGUAGCGUGUGGCUCAGCGCCAGCGAGAGGGAGAAACUGCAGAAGUACCAGCAGUCGCUGCAUGAGAAGAAGCAUGCUUCAAGAUUAAACAAGAAGAUGACUUUUGACUUCGCUGGUCGUCAGGUGAUAGAAGACAAAACAAUAGAUCACGAGGUGGAUGAGGAGAAAGUAAGCCAGAUGACAGGUGGAAACAGAACCAACGCAAGCGGACGGUUCCUGAGUCAUGACCUGUUGUCCGACACCUCCACUGAUCGGGAUGUUGCACCCGGCGUUAACGCUCCGCUUCUGCAGUUUGAUGAAUCAGUUGAGAGACAUGGCUACUCUUCAGUGGUCAAAGGAAUAGGAAACUCGCUGCUUAGCCGUGUGCAGGAUGCAGAGCUGCAGGAGAUGAGCGACACCGGUCGCUGCCUCUCAAUGCAUCAGCCCUGGGCUUCCUUGCUUGUUGAAGGCAUCAAGAUGUAA